AUGACACAAGAAGAGGCUAAAGCAUCUCUAAACUUGAUUAAAGGUAUAAUCUUUUUCUAUGUCACUAGAAUUGAAGCAUUGUUUGGCUCUAGAGUUAGACAUUCUUUCAUCGUAGAAGAAUGUGUAGAUAAACUAAAACUAGAGUUGAAAGAGUUGCCUGUAUUAAUCAAAGUGAUUACACCUUCAGGAUCCUCAAAUACUACUAGCAAAAUUUGUCAGAAAGUAGAGAUUGUAUUUGAGGAUCGGGUAUCUGUGAUGGAUUUGAUAUGUAUUCCUAUAAAAGGAAUAGAUGUGAUUGUAGACAUGGACUGGCUAGCAGCUAAUAAUGCUACACUAGAUUGUGCUAUGAAAUUAAUGUCUUUGUCGGUGUUGACAGUAGGGACUGGUUCUACUAAUCAAGCCAGAUUUUUGUUAGUAGUACAAGUUGAGAAAUUGAUCAAGAAGGGAUGUUGUGGUUAUAUGGUGAUUUUUGCAAUCAGUAAUGUGUAUGAUGGGGGUAUUGAGAAAAUUAGAGUUGUAAGCGAAUUUCCUGAGGGCCUAGUUCAUCGGAUCUAUGUCAGGGGAAACACACUGAGGCCUAGGAUUGUGGAGUAA